UCAGUCAUUUCCCUCUUCUUAACAAAUCAUUCCCUCCCAUCCCACCCCAAACUCACCGCAUAAGAAAACCAUCCAAAUUUCCCUUUUUGGUUGAAUGACACAAAAUCAUCAGAAAACCAUCAUUCAGAACGGCAAAACCCCUCUGCAAACUUGCAUCAGAUUACUGUACUUCUGUUCUCGCAAUCGAAAUCCUAUUAUGGUGAAUUAGUAUAACCUACAACACAAUCUUCUCUGUAUUCUUCCUGCCGUUGCAAGCCCUGAAACCUGGAUUCUUUUGGAAAUGAUGAAUCCAUAAACGCCCAAAACCGCAGUUUUCAGUGUUUUCUUUUUUAUGUCCGUAGAGUAAUUUAAUCGAUUCGGGGUCUGGGAAUCGAUUUUCCGUGUUUCAUUUGAUUUUUGUUGUUAGAAAUGAGUAGCGGGCCGAAAAAGAGGAAUUUUCAGAUUGAAGCGUUUAAGCAUAAAGUGGUGGUGGAUCCCAAGUAUGCAGACAAGACUUGGAGGAUUUUGGAGCAUGCAAUUCACGAGAUUUAUAACCACAAUGCUAGUGGGCUGAGCUUUGAAGAAUUAUACAGAAAUGCUUACAAUAUGGUAUUACAUAAAUUUGGAGAGAAACUAUAUUCAGGACUUGUCUCGACAAUGACAUUCCAUCUGCACACAAUGUCCAAAUCUAUAGAGGCUGCCCAUGGUGCUUCAUUCCUGGAGGAGCUUAAUAUGAAAUGGAAUGAUCAUACUAAAGCACUGCAGAUGAUCCGUGACAUACUAAUGUACAUGGACAGAACUUUCAUCCCAAGCACUCACAAAACCGCUGUGCAUGAGCUUGGGCUAAAUCUGUGGAGGGACUAUGUGAUUCACUCUAGUAAAAUCCAGCCACGGCUUCUGAAUACACUUCUUGAUUUGAUACUUAGGGAACGAACUGGUGAGGUUAUCAACAGGGGGCUGAUGAGAAACAUAAUCAAAAUGCUAAUGGAUUUGGGGCCUUCAGUCUACCAAGAGGAUUUUGAGAAACCAUUUCUUGAAGUUUCAGCUGAGUUCUAUAGAGCAGAAUCUCUGGAAUUUAUUGAGUGCAGUGAUUGUGGGGACUAUCUGAAGAAAGCUGAAAGGCGUCUAAAUGAAGAAAUAGAGAGGGUGUCGCACUACUUGGACGCAAAGACUGAAGUGAAGAUAACCAAUGUCGUAGAGAAAGAGAUGAUAGCCAACCACAUGCCUAGACUAGUUCACAUGGAAAAUUCAGGAUUGGUAAAGAUGCUUCUUGAUGAUAAAUUUGAAGACUUGGGAAGGAUUUAUAACUUAUUUCGCCGGGUAGCUGAUGGUCUUUCUACAAUCAGGGACGUAAUGACAUCUCAUAUCAGAGAUACUGGCAAACAACUCGUUACUGAUCCUGAGAAAUCAAAGAACCCGGUGGAGUUUGUCGACACGCUCCUUGAUAAAAGGGAUAAGUAUGAUAGGAUCAUAAGCUUGGCAUUCAGCAAUGAUAAGACCUUCCAAAAUGCCUUGAAUGCUUCUUUUGAAUAUUUUAUCAAUUUGAAUCCUCGUUCUCCAGAGUAUAUAUCAUUAUUUGUGGAUGAUAAACUCCGCAAAGGACUGAAGGGAGAAAAAGAAGAAGACAUUGAGAUUAUUCUUGAUAAAGUGAUGAUGUUAUUCCGUUACCUCCAGGAGAAAGAUGUUUUUGAGAAAUACUACAAACAGCAUUUGGCAAAGCGACUGUUAUCAGGAAAAACGGUAUCUGAUGAUGCUGAGAGGAGUCUGAUAAUCAAACUGAAGACCGAAUGUGGGUAUCAAUUUACUUCAAAGUUAGAAGGCAUGUUUACAGACAUGAAGACCUCUCAGGACACUAUGCAAGGGUUUUAUGCAGCCCAUGCUGCUGAAUUGGGAAAUGGACCUACGUUAGUGGUCCAGGUUUUGACUACUGGAUCUUGGCCAACUCAAUCUAGCAUCACUUGCAACUUGCCAGCUGAACUGUCAGCUCUUUGUGAGAAGUUUCGAUCAUAUUACCUUGGUACCCAUACUGGUAGGAGAUUAUCCUGGCAGACUAAUAUGGGAACAGCUGAUCUGAGAGCAACCUUUGCGAAUGGUCAGAAGUAUGAGUUAAAUGUUUCGACUUAUCAGAUGUGCGUCCUAAUGCUGUUCAACGAUACUGAUUCUCUUAAUUAUAGGGAGAUUGAGCAGGCCACUGAGAUUCCCUCGUCUGAUUUAAAACGUUGUCUGCAGUCUUUAGCAUGUGUAAAAGGGAAAAAUGUGCUCCAGAAAGAGCCAAUGAGUAAGGAUAUAGGGGAGGAUGAUGCAUUUUCUGUUAACGACAAAUUUACCAGCAAACUUAGGAAGGUGAAAAUAGGAACUGUGGUUGCACAAAAGGAAACCGAGCCGGAAAAGCAAGAGACGAGACAGAGGGUGGAGGAGGACAGAAAGCCCCAGAUAGAGGCUGCCAUAGUCAGGAUUAUGAAAUCCCGGAGGGUAUUGGAUCACAACAACAUCAUUGCCGAGGUCACAAAGCAAUUGCAAUCUCGGUUUCUGGCGAACCCCGGGGAGAUUAAGAAGCGAAUAGAGUCCCUUAUUGAACGAGAUUUCUUGGAAAGGGAUGAUUCGGAUAGACGAUUAUACCGAUAUCUUGCCUGAAGAAUUAUGUAUCAGGUAACUUGUUUCUCUGUUUAGCUUUUGCUGUGGAAUUGUAACUGAUUGACCGUCAUCAAACACAUCUUUAUUUCUGCAGGAUAUAUUUGUGCUGGCUGAACUUUCAUCUAUUUUUUUCUCAGUAUUGGUUUAAAUUAGAUAAAGACACAAGAAGAGAACACAUUUCUUAAAUUUGGUAUGUAUCAUUAAAUUUCCACUGAUC